AUCUGUCAUGUUUCGUGGGGUUUGAGAAUAACAAGAAUAAGAACAGUUCAAAUAGAUUCGUGCAGUUAGGUUUGAUGUUGAGUAGAGGAAAUAAACUAGCUCUCUUGGAUUGCUACCGUGAACCUGUAAAGAAGUGGUUUUAUUAAAUAUUGGAGAAUAUAAUAGUGGACGACGAGGUGAAAAGUAGUUCGCGUGUGAAGUUGGAAAGUGUUGCAAUUUUUGGCCGAAGUUGGCAAAUCUAGUCCGGACGGCAGCGGAGAAUCUGGAGAGUUCCGUUUUGCGUCGGAUUGAAGCCGGUCGAAAGCGACGCUAUACUCGGUUGGUUGAAAGCGCUGGUGUUGAGGUGACAUUGCCAUCCUCCCAGGUCGAUCCGCUCCCUGGUUGAGUGCCAACGCUGAGGUUCCAGAAGAUUUAGUGAAGUGUUUAUCCUGCAAGCGUCCCAGGUUGAUCCGCUCCCUGGUUGAGUGCUGACGCUGAUAUUACAGAAGAUUCGAAGCAGUGAUUACCCAGCUUGCUUCCCAGGUCGAUCCGCUCCCUGGUUGAAUUCCGUUCGAGAUCAUCCUGCAGUUCAUCUGGUUGGACUGGUCUUUGGCUGAGAUCGAUUGGACCACUAAUUGGCAGGCGUUAUCUGCAGCGUCGACUGGUAUACAUCCUUUGGUGUUCCGGAAUCCCAGGAAUUGAGCGAAGACGCCAUGGGACUAAUUGGUUCAAUUGAUCCAUAUGUCCAAGGCACUUCUUUUUCGCAUUAUGUGGAACAAAUGGAAUUCAUUUUUUCGAGUAACGAUAUAGUAGAGGGCAAGAAAAAGGAUAUAUUUUUGAGUUUGUGUGGUGUAACGGUCUUUCAGGAACUAAAACGACUUUAUCCUGCAACGGAUUUAAAAACGGUUUCUUACGCGGAUAUAAUUAAAAAAUUGAAAGAGCGAUAUGACAAAGUGGAAUCGGAUAUAGUGAUGCGGUAUAAAUUCAGGUGUAGGGUUCAAGGACCAAAUGAGACGAAUGAAAACUUUUUGUUAGAUGUUAAAUUAUUAGCAGAAACGUGUGAUUUCGGGGAAUUCAGAGAUUCGGCAAUAAGGGACCAAUUAGUGUAUGGAGUUUAUGAUAAAGAUUUGCAGCAGAAACUUUUAGAUGAAGAGAAAUUAACUUUGAAAAUAGCAGAGAGAAUUUUGAAGACUAAAGAAGUUGCGGCAAAAAGCUCACAGGCGAUAAAUAGAAGCAGUGGUGUUCAUUCAGUAUCAGUAAGGCAAAGAUUAGGAUGGAAGGAUUCGACCGAUAAUAGAAGGGUUUAUGGAGGAAGAGAUGGAGAAAGAAAAGGAAGAGAACGGUCCAGAUACGACGAUAGGCGGUCUACAUAUCAUCAUGGGAGUUACAGAUCUAGGUCACGAUCACAGACAAAAGGACGAUACUCAAAUUUUAUUUGUCAUUAUUGCAAUGCAAGAGGUCAUAUUCAGAAAAAUUGUUAUAAAUUUUUAAAUCAACAAAAGCAUGCAGUUCAAUUCGUAGGUGAAACUUCUAGCGUGGAGGAUCCCCAUGAGUAUUUUAAGAGAUUGAGGAAGGAUUACGAUAGCGACGCAGACUCAGAUCGCCAUCGGAGCCCAUCUCCUAACGGCCCACAGGGGGCAGAUAAAGCUCACAAAAACGAAUGAACCAAGGCGAAAUGUUUCGCUUCAUGUUGGAGGAAGGAAGAGAGCACCGAAGAGGAAGUUUGUUCAUUCGGAGGAUGAGGAACCGUUUUGUGGAUUCGACGAGCCUAUUGGACCGCCACCCUCGAGAUCGGAAUUACAUCCGGAAGCACUGCUAGCGUUUUCCGGACGUGCUUCGCCAAGCAUCUCUAAAUCACCUGCCACACUACGACGAUCCAACAGGAAGAAGCAAAAAUCACAGCAUGAUGAAUUCAUAUAUUAUUAAGAGAUAUAUUCUGAAUUACUCAAAGUAUGUAUUUUGAAGUGAAAGUGAUAAUAGCAAAAUAAGAUAAAAGUUACUGAGUUUAGUUGCGCCAACUUUUCGAUUAUUAAAGAUAACAUCUGGAUUAAGCAUGAUGCACAAGAACUAAAAGAGGAAGGUAUUGUUAUAUACUCGUUUCAUGACCCUUUCGAUUUAGAGUGCAACUCUAGAAUGAUUAAUGAUUAUCUGUCAUCUGUCAUGUUUCGUGGGGUUUGAGAAUAACAAGAAUAAGAACAGUUCAAAUAGAUUCGUGCAGUUAGGUUUGAUGUUGAGUAGAGGAAAUAAACUAGCUCUCUUGGAUUGCUACCGUGAACCUGUAAAGAAGUGGUUUUAUUAAAUAUUGGAGAAU